AUGUGGCGUUGGAUUUCCGCCAUGCUGGUCACCAGCGUGGCUGGUGCCAACUUGGAAGCCUCUCAGCAGGACGGAAUCCUCAAGUUGCUGACGGCCGACAGCGCCCACGGUGCAAGCAGCACCACGGCAAGCUCUCAGGGUAACGCCAGCAAGAUGUCGAAGGCCAAGGCCAAGACCACUCAGAUGGAGGACAUGGUCCUCUUGCUGGCGCAGCAAGCGAAAGCAGCACGGGAGGCCUCGAAGAACAAGGACGAGGACAAGGAAAUGGAGGAGAUGAUUGAACAGCUGAGACAAGAGCUGAAGAUGAUGCAGACCGAGAUCAAUGAAGCGGCCAACACCUCGAAUGCAGCGUGUCAAGCCGCCUAUGAUAACCUCACCGUGGGUUGCCCAUUCUACGAAAACGACACGCUCUUUCUGCCCGAAGCCCAGAGCCUGUCCCGUCGACCUUUGCGAAAGUCGUGUAUCGUCGCCAUGGCCCAAAUGAUGCAAAACAACGACCUGGGUGCACUCCUUCAGCCUUGGGCUUCUCGAGUCUUGGAGAUUUGCUUCAAGAAUGAUUCGGAGGAGUCGACACGAGGAUUCCUGGCAUAUUUGAUGACCAGCAAGUUGCCGGACGGGACAUACAUCAACCAGUUCACCCAGCAGGUGCCCCAGGAGGUGUUUCUGCGGCAGGUGCUUCUGGCCUUGGCCAAUUGGGUGAGUACUGCAGGCCUAUCCUUGGACUCGCACGUUCCGUUCCAGGCCAUGCCGGGGAACAACGCCAACCACAAGUUGGAGCAAUUCCUUCAGAAAAUUGAGGAGAGCUCCGGACAACGGACUGCGUCAGCGAGAGAGCUGAGUGAGUUCAUCUAUCACAUGGUGCUGCAGUUGUUGAACACGAGUGAGUUCGCCUGUGUGGCCAGUGCGCUGGCAGGGACCUUAUCAGAUGCCUAUGCGAGCGACGUGACCAUCGCGGGGCUCGCGUCAUAUCCUGCGCUGAUGUUGGCGCAGCUGGUGAACAUCUUAGAGGAGAUGCGCGCCAAAGUCUUGCGAAUCGCCCUCGAGUUGGCGCCCUACGGACAGCUUAGAAGUAGCCUGGUGGUGCAGUUUUGCCGCUACUUCACCCUGACGCAUAGCCAUGCAGACUACCGCUUGCAGGAGCACGAGGCGAUUGAUGAAGACUUUCACAAUUCGCAGUUCGGCAUAGUGCUGAUCGAUUCCUAUGGCAGCCUGCUGAAGAUGCUGCAGCACAUAGACCACUUGUAUUGCAGCUACGAACAGUUGAUUGUGGCGGUGGAUUUCGAGGGUGUCGAGCUGAAUCGCCAUGGCCCUCUUUGUUUGGUGCAGAUGACGAUCCACGACAAUCCUGCGUUGGUUUAUGUGCUGGAUAUCCACGUGCUGAAACGUGCUUGCAAUCCCUUCGAGCUGGCCUCUCCGGGUGGCAUUUCAAUGAAGUUUAUCCUCGAGGACAAUGCCAAGAUCUUGAAGCUCUGGUUUGAUCCACGAAAUGACGUGGAUGCCUUGUACCAUCAGUUUGGAGUCGCUUCGCAAAACAUCUAUGAUCUCCAACUUGCAGAUGUGGCGCUGAGACGGUUGAAUGGAGACCAUGCGCAGCGAGUACUGAGCCUACAGAACUGUUUGCUGAACUGCGAAGGCCUGGAUGAUACACAGAAAGGCUUUGCCGAGACCAUCAAGCAGUGGGGCAAGCGGCUUUUUGAGCCCAAAGAAGGUGGGUCGUACAAGGUCUUCCAAGAUCGUCCUCUUCGAGAUGAGAUCCUCAUCUACGCAGCUCAUGACUCCAGGUACAUGCGAGUUCUCUACGAUUGCUAUCGCAGCAAGUUGGACCUUUGCAAUCCUGCUUGGUCCAUGUGGGUGGCACAACACAGUACCGAACGCAGUCUCUGGUACAGAAGUCAGGAGUACGUGCGCCCCUCAGCAGAGGCUCCCAUCAUGAGUUUUGACGGCAACUUCACUCCACUGCGCGAGGAUCAUCUGAGUUGUCGAGAGACCUUGCCCCAGAAGAAGCAGGACUUCGAAAGUUGCCACAAGAUCCGUGCCAGUUUGGUGGCACAGGAGCAGGUCCUCUUGGACUCCUUUCGAUCAGUGAAUGUCUUCCAGAGUCCCGAUGAGUGCUUGGUCACUGGCACCGAUGUCCUGGCCUAUCUGAAGGCCAUGCGUGAUCACUUUGGAAACAAAAAGAUCGCCUGGUGGGCGGACUACUACAAGCUGGAGAACGUGACGAAAAACAUCACGCAAUGGAAUUGCACCGAGAUGGAGGUGUCUUACUAUGAUCAGAUGACGGCCUGCGAGAACAAGCAGGAGAAGCUCGAGCAGAUCGCCUGCGAAGUCCAUGAGAGGACCAACGAAUCGUGCACCACUAUGCCUGCAUGCUUUGAGGGCAAGUGGUCAACGUACCUGACCGAAGUGCAAAGUGCCAACAGCACCAUCCAGGACUUGAAGUACGAGUACCGCGCCAUCAAGCGAAUUCUUUGCCUCUUAGAGGCGUUUGUGGCAGAGGAUCUGGAUGCCAAGAUUGAAGAGUGCAUGGCAGCCAGGUUUAGCGCUUCGGCUGUGCACAGCCAGUGUGUAGAUAAUCAUGCCAAUGUCCCUAAGCCAGCCUACACCGUCCCGGGCAUCUGCGACACAGGAGUGACGGCCAUUUUGCAUCCAGAUCAUGAAAAUUUCAACGAGACCGAGUACGCCUCCAAAGGCAUCCAUGCCUCCCGCUGCUUGGCUUCCUGUUGCACGGUGGAUUGGUACAGCUGGACGCUCUACGGCAACGUCUACGUGCCUGCCAGCCACAUCAUGAUUGAUCAGGACCUGACGGAGGGUCAGAACAAAGCCAGCUACGGCAGCGUGGAGGCUGCCAAGGCGGCGUGCGAGGCACUGGGCUCCGUGCAGUGCUGCGACAAUGCGGAGCUUCCCGAAGCAUCCUACUGCCUGGGAAUGGGCACGGAGAACGGCGUCCGCGUCUUGAAGAACAGGGAGGGCCAUGGCGUCGGCACUGGCUCUUGCUGCGAUAGCACCACCAACAAGGUCAUCGGUGAGAAGCGAAUCUCCUGUGAUGGCUACCUGGACGAGUACACGAAGCACAGCAAGAAGUACCUGACCUCCACGAAGCUGUUGCGUGGCACCACCUACACCACAAUGGCAGAAGCACGUGAGGCAUGUCUCAGGAAAGGUACUAAGUGCUGGGGCAUCUACGAUGACAAGUGCGACUCGGUGAAGUUUCUGCUGGUCGACUCUCAGUUCAACAUCACCUCUGAGAAGAUGAUGGAGUCGGUGCAAGGCUCGUGCGUCUACGAGAAGAAGGCGGUCUAACUGCAUGGCGCGCUGAACGGCGGUCUUCGGCGAACGGUCAAAGGAAGCAAACGCUGCAGCAAACGAAGCAAAAUCUCGUGGGCCCUGGGUGCGGUUGCGCCAAUAAAACGCGGUCCCAAUGGCGAAG